AUGACGAAACAACGACGUUCAUUUUUUGUUGACGAUAUUUUACAUAAGGUAACUAUGCCAAUGAAUGAGAACAUUCAUUGUUCAAAUGAUAUGAAUAAUUUCAAACGUAAACGAUCAAUAAAUUCCGAUGAUGACGAUAUAUCAAAUAAAAAACUUCGAUCCUAUAAUCAUGAAGAUGAUGAUAAUGAUGAAUUAGUUUAUUCUUCAAUUACUGAUGUUAUAAGUGAAGAAGAAUCUUGUACAAGUAAUAAUAGCAACACUAUCGAUAACAACAGUGAUAAUGAUUUGUUUGUAUCGAGUUCUUGUUUACCAACGAAUAAUUUACGACAAAAUAAAAAACAACGUAAACCACGUACAGCAUUUACUGAUACACAAUUGAAUACAUUAGAGAAAAAUUUCGAACGACAAAAAUAUUUAAGUGUACAAGACCGUUUAGAACUUGCAAAUCGUCUUCGUUUAUCUGAUACACAAGUUAAAACAUGGUAUCAAAAUCGAAGAACAAAAUGGAAAAGGCAAGCAUCUCUUGGUCUAGAAUUCUUUUCUGGUAAUACAUUACAACAAUGGAUACAACGACAACCACAUCAUUUUCUUGCUGCUAUGUACCGAUCAUCAUCAGAUAUGAGUAAUGCUAUCGGUCCAUACGGUUCAGCUCUAUUAAAUGAAGCAAAAACAGCAAUAGCAAAUAAAUCUAUUACUCAAAGAUUUCUUCCAGCAACACUUACGUCCCAUCAUCAUACAUAA